GUAUAGAUUUCCUCUCACUUUAUAAUUAAUCAAUUAACCAAGGUUGCAUUCUCAAGCUGCGGUCCGUUGCUGAAGUAUAGUCUUCCACCAUGGUUCACCACUGCUGCCUCGCACAACAGUCCUGAAUUAUUACGUAUUGAGCAUGUUCCAGACAGACCUCUGAGACUACAGCCAGAAACACGCUCCCUUUGGAUACAACUCAUCUUCUCAAUUCGCCCCUUCAGAUCCCAAUCCUCCAAAGCCACGCCGCCAUCAUGGCAUCACGGGACUCCCAGGAUACAGCCGUCGAUAGGGACAACAGCCCCCCUUCCAUCUUGUGGGCCCAUCAAAUACGUCGUGAAAAUACUCAUCUAGCGGACAAGAUGGAUGACCUAGCCACCCUUGUAUCCUCCACAGUUGAGGCGGCAGUUGCAGGAAGGAACAGCGUGGAACAACUUCAUACAACCGCAAAAGGCCUGUUGGACGAUAAUAGAUCGUUACGAGAGCGGCUUGCAACCCUGGAACGAGCGAACACUGAGAUCAAAUUACGAAUGGAGAACUUGGAACGUGAUAACGAACGGCUCCACGACGUACUUGAUGUGAUGGACCGAAAGUGGACCAAUAGGCUCAAGGAAGAGAUCACGGUGCUGCGGGAUAUGAAGAAAGAUAUUUUGACAGAGGCUGAGGAAAUGCUGGAGCUGCAACACACGACAAUAGAUUUGCGGUUUGAGGCAGUCGAUUUGCGCAUUGGGGCAAUUCUGGAUAUUGUCAAGGCUGGUAUGUAGGUCAGAUCGAUGGUUUAUUGUUAUUCGUUCUCUUGCAUAGUUUGACGGGAAGAAUGUAACUAUGUCUCUCGUGUAUGGAUCGGUGGUAGCAGUUAUCACUCUUUUUCGUUUUGGCAAUGAUGAAUGAACUUCGUUAAUUGGAACAUAUA